AUGCCACGAACUUCAAAAAUUAAAAAAUAUUCAAAUCCACCAGAAGGUUAUUCAAAAAUAGAACCAACAAUAGAAAAAUAUAAAUUAAAAUUAAAAAAAGCAACAACCACCACUUCACAAGCAACAACAAAACAACAAUCACAAUGGGAAUUAUAUAGAAUAAUACAUCAAAUAACAAAAUAUAUUUAUGAACUACAUAAAGAUAAAAAAAUAAAUGAUUCAUUAUAUCAAUGGUUGAUAUUACAAGAUUAUUGUGAUAAGAACCUAAUUUCAAAAUGGCGGAAACGAGGUUAUGAAAAAUUAUGUUGUUUAAAUUGUAUAAAUGGUGAAAAUAUAUGUAUUUGUAGAGUUCCAAAAUUUGAAUUAUUGAAAAAAGAUGAAACAAAAGAUAAGAUUGAUAUUGAAUGUAUCAAUUGUGGUUGUAGAGGUUGUGCAUCAACUGAUUAA